UUAUUUACAGUAGAAGUGAAGGGGCAAGCAGUGACAGCGACUGAAGAAGAAGAAGAAGAAGUAUGCCUUGCCUCAAUCUUUCAACCAACGUCUCCCUCGACGGCGUCGACACCUCCGUCAUCCUCUCCGAAGCCACCUCUACCGUUGCUAAUAUUAUCGGCAAGCCCGAGGCUUAUGUGAUGAUUGUGUUGAAGGGAUCAGUACCCAUUGCAUUUGGCGGAACAGAACAGCCAGCAGCUUACGGUGAGUUGGUGUCCAUUGGUGGCCUUUCUCCCGAUACAAACAAGAAAUUGAGUGCUGCAAUUGCUGCAAUCCUUGAGACAAAGUUGUCAGUUCCCAAGUCUCGAUUCUUCCUCAAAUUCUACGACACCAAGGCCCAUCAAAGUCAAGAAUAUGCACAGUGUUUGCACGCUUUACAUCAGGAUUAGACCAUGGUUCCAACUUUGGAUGGAAUGGUUCCACCUUCUAAGUCCACCUCCGUAUUGCGAGGGCCCUGAUGCUGAAUGAUAAUGUAAGCAAACAUCAAUAGCUCAGGGAGAUUGUAUUUUGAAAACUUGGUUAUGAUAGGAUAUAAAGUCUGUCAUCUUUAUUUAAUUGGGCAUAUCAUAUCCAGAAUAUUAGAUGGUUUCAACUCUAUGUUUGUGGAAAUAACACAAUCUCUACUUGACAUUAGCAAAUACUGGCAUGGAUUGUGAUGGAUGAUUUA